AUGAUCUCGUCUCUGGCUGGAGGCCCCGCACCACGGCGCGCCGCGGUGGCCGAGCCCGCGGCGGCGGCCCUCGCCGGAGAGGCCGCGCUCGCGCUCGCCUCGCCCGGCGCCGCCGCCGGAGCAGGCGGCCAGGGCCUGCGGAAGCCGAGACGCGCGAACGAACGACAGGCGCAGUCGCCCGGCGCCGCGCCGCCGCGGGGGCCCCGCGGCAGCGGCGCCUUUCGGCCGCAAACGCCCGGCGCCGCCGCCGCCGCGGGGCCCCGCGGCAGCGGCGCCCUUCGGCCGCAGCCGCCCGGCGGCGCCGCCGGCGCCGCGGGGGCUCAAGGCGCCAUUCGGCUGCACGGGGCGCGGUUGGCCUCGGGGAUGCCUCGGCCGGCCGCCUCGGCGCGGUGCACGGCUGUGCGGACACUCCCGUGCUUGUUUUGUGGGUUGCCGCAGGGCAGCGCCACCGCGGCCAAAGCCCCGCCCCAGGCAGAGGCCCGCAGGGGAACCCUGGCCCAGAGGCAGGCGACGGUGCAGCAGACGACGCCGGCGCCCCGGAUCAAGAUCCCAGGGCGCAACCCAGCGCGGAGCCCCACGCAGCCGACCACGCCCAGGCGGCGGCCAGCAGCGCUGGCCCAGCAGACGCAGGACGGCCGGAAACCCAGCCACCACGAGAUGAUCAGGCGCACGAAGGACGCAGAGCUCCUCGGGCCGAUCCAGGCCUCUCGGUACCGAUGCCCGCAGCCAAUCCAGGAAGAGUUGCUGUGGAGCCGGAGAGGCGAGCCGGCGCUGGCCCUCGGGAGCGCCCUGCCCGACCGCGCCACCAGCCGGACCACUAGCCCAACCGCGGGCCGAGCGGCCGGCCGAGCCGCCAGCCUCGCCGGCGCGGCGGGCAACGGAGGCGGCGUGCCCACUGGGAAGCCCGCCCUGGUGCUCGUGGCCGCCCCCGAGGAGCUGGCCGCACCCGGUGCCACUGGGGCGGCAACGCCAGGCAGAGGCCGCGCUGGUCAGGAGACGCCCAGCGAGCGGGGGCACUCCCCACCGCCCGGCGCCGCCGGGGCCGCGGAGGUGCCCCAGGCAGCUCCCUGGGUUCCGCUGAAUAUCCCGGUCGACAACAGUCCGGUCCCUAAUCAGGUGAUCGACAACAUCUUGCUCCGCAAGCCACGGGCGGCGAGCAAGCCUGCCGCCAUGGUUCAUCUCAGGAGCGAUCCAGGGGGGCGGCAGGGUCAGACGGGGAGAUGGCGGCAGGGCAGCGCCGAGCUUGGAGCAAUAGUCCGCAGCAGGUUGCCGCAGGUGGGAAAGCCCGAUGCCGAUCUCUGA